GACCUCGACGCGGGCGCUGCGCCCCUGGCGGACCCACGGACCCACGCUGGGUCUGGUCCAGCCCCUGACGGGGUGGGACCUAACGGGGAAGGAGCGCCGCGUUCCUCCGCCGCUGUCACUGUGCAGCUCCUUCUCCGCGGGUCUGGAUCUCCUCACCUCCGAGGCUCAGACGGAUCACGAGCUUAACGCGUCUCCAUUUAUCCAGGAUGUCCCGGGAGCAGCAGGCCGUCGCUCGUGCCAGAAAAGCCUUUGAAACGGGCCGGUCCCGACCCUUAGAGCACCGGAUCCGGCAGCUGAGGAACCUGCAGCGCUUAUUCACCGAGAGACAGAAAGAGAUCGCAGAUGCCACCAAGAAGGACCUGAACAGGAGUGAUGUGGGCACUCAGCUCUACGAGACUCUGGGUCUGGAGGGGGAGAUCGAGCUCACCGUCAGCAAGCUGAGAGAAUGGGCCGCCCCGCGACCCGCGGAGAAGAACCUGCUCACGCUCUCCGACACCGUCUACAUCAAGCCGGAGCCGCUGGGGGUGGUGCUGAUCAUCGGGGCCUGGAACUACCCCUGGGCCGUCACCAUCCAGCCGCUCAUCGGAGCCAUCGCUGCCGGUAACGCAGCCGUCAUCAAGCCCUCCGAGGUCUGCGUUCACACGGCAAAGGUCAUGGAAGACCUGCUGCCGCUUUACAUCGAUAAAGAGCUUUACCCCGUGGUGAGCGGAGGAGUCGCGGAGACCCAGGAGCUGCUGCGCCAGCGCUUCGACCACAUCUUCUACACGGGCAACAGCGCGGUGGGGAAGAUUAUCAUGGAGGCGGCGGCGAAGAACCUGACGCCCGUCACCCUGGAGCUGGGAGGAAAGAGCCCCUGCUACAUCGACAAGAGCUGUGACAUCAGCAUAGCCUGCAGACGCGCCACCUGGGGAAAAUACACCAACUGCGGCCAGACCUGCAUCGCCCCGGACUACAUCCUCUGCGAGCCCAGCAUCCAGGACCGAGUCAUUGCAGAAAUCAAGAAGUCAAUUAAGGACUUCUACACAGAGAACCCAAAGACCUGCCCCGACUACGGACGCAUCAUCAACCAGCGCCACCACAGGAGGAUAAUGGCCAUGCUGGAGGACAGCACGGUGGCCGCAGGAGGCGACAGCGACGAGUCAGACUGCUACAUAGCGCCCACCGUGCUGCGGGACGUGAAGCCGGGGGCCAAGGUGAUGCAGGAGGAGAUCUUCGGACCCGUGCUGCCCAUCCUGACCGUCAGCGGCCUGGACGAAGCCAUCCAGUUCAUCAACAGGAGGGAGAAGCCGCUGGCGCUCUACGUCUUCACCUCGGACAACAAGGUGGUGCAGAGAAUGAGAGACGAGACGUCCAGCGGGGGACUGGUGGCCAACGACUGUCUGGUGCACUACUCUGUCAGCUCUCUGCCUUUUGGAGGAGUGGGCAACAGCGGCAUGGGCUGCUACCACGGCAAGUUCAGCUUCGACCAGCUGAGCCACCUGCGGGGCUGUCUCAUCAAGCAGCUGAAGAUGGAGGGCGUGAACAGCAUGCGCUACCCGCCCCACACGCCCAAGAAGCUGGGCUGGGCGCGCUUCUUCAUCCUCAGCACCGGCGGCCUGGGCCGCAUGGGCCGGCUGCUGGGCCUGGCCAUCGUGGCCGUGGUGGCGGCCAUCGUGCUGCAGAGAAGUCUCUUCUGAACACGUCCCACUAAGUCCCGGCCAACAUGCUCUGUGUCCAAGACCUCCACACCAGUUCUGUAUGAAUCCAAUCAGAAUCUGCAGAGAUGACUCUAAUAUGGGGAAUAUUUAGACGUUGCCUUAAUACAUUUCACAUUUAAGUAGCAGUGUCACACAUUUCAUGCAGCUUCCGUGAAUUUGAUUAUUUAUUCUCAUGUUCGUUUCUUGCUACGUUCAGUUUCAUCCUAGUUAUUGAGGUUUGCACUUUUCGUGAACGUCUUUGUAUUUCAAUAUGUCUGAGAUGAUAUCAUAUGUAAAUUUAAACGAAGUAACCUGUAGCAUUUACUAACAGCACGUUUUGAACAAACCUGUCAUUGAAUGAUUUUCUCUUCAUCCAUUAACAAAGUGAUCUGUUAUUUUGUUCCAUCACCAGAUGCCUGUACUAAAUUUUUAAGCAAUUUUUAAAACAUGUAACUACUAAAUAUGCUCUUUCUAUCACACUACAAACAUAUGAAGGGAUUUGUAAUGAAUACUUUAAAAUAAAUAUAUUUCUACUUCAAUAA